AUGUCCAAGAAGCAGAAGCUGAGCCCGAUGAAGAUUUGCACCCACUCAGGAACGUUCCACGCUGACGAGUCGCUCGCCGUGUACAUGCUGCGCACUUUGAGGCAGUUCAAAGACUCCGAGCUUGUGCGAUCGAGAAAACAAGAGGACUGGGACACCAGUGACAUCGUUGUCGACGUGAGCGGCCAGUACGACGGCAAGAAGUACUUCGACCACCACCAGCGGGAAUUCAACGAUGUGUUUGCGCCCGGGUUCCGGACCAAGCUGUCUUCUGCGGGUCUUAUUUACAAGCAUUUUGGAAAACAGAUCAUUAGAGAGAAUUUGGAGCUCGAGCAGGAAAAGGACAUCGAUUUUCUGUACGACCGGGUGUACAGAGACUUCAUCGAGGCUGUGGACGCCAACGACAACGGAAUCAACAAGUACGAGAACCAGGACGAGCUGAAGCCGCUCUUCAAGGACAGAAACUUCCAGCUAUCCUCCGUCGUGGCGAAUCUGAACCCGUCGUGGAACACGGACCCCACCGACGCAGAUUACGACAAAGCUUUUGAGAAGGCCAGCGAGAUCAUGGGCUUUGCGUUCAUGAACUACCUGGAGUACAUGGGCAAGUCGUUUAUGCCGGCCAAGCAGUACGUGGAAAAAGCGAUUGGCAGCCGGUUCGAGGCCGAUCCUAGCGGCAAGAUCAUCAUUAUGGACCGUUUCGUGCCGUGGAAAGAGCAUCUGUACAACGUCGAGAGGGAGCUGGGCAUCGAGGGCGAGAUCCUGUACGUUUUGUUUGCAGACACGUCCGGUGCCUGGAGGAUUGCGUGCGUGCCGGUGAGUGCGUCGUCGUUCGACUCGCGCAAGAAGCUGCCGGAGCCGUGGCGCGGCGUGCGGGACGACGCCCUUAGCGAGCUGACGGGCGUCCCGGGCUGCAUCUUUGUGCACGCGGCGGGCUUUAUUGGCGGAGCCAAGUCCAAGGACGCGGUGCUGCAGCUGGCCCAGAAGGCCAUCUAA